AUGCCUCUCCCCAAAUCCCCCAAACAAUGGACAAAACAAACCAACAACCAAUCUUUCCUCAUCUCAACAGACAACUCGCUCCUCUCAAUCGCAGCAAUAAACGCCGCGCUCGCCUCUGACGCCAUCUACUGGGCCAGUCCAUUUCCAGAGGAGAUACUACAAGGGGUCGUCAAUAGCUCGUUCUGUUACGGGCUCUAUAAAACGACAUCGCCAUCGCCAAGCCAGAAUACAUCCGAUGGCCCAAAUGGUAAUGGAAGUGGAAGUCUAGAGCAGAUUGGCUUCGCGCGCCUCGCGACAGAUUGGUACACAUUCGCCUACUUAACCGACGUAUACAUUCUGCCUGAGUACCAGGGUUUUGGGCUGGGCGGGUGGUUGCUCGACUGUGUUGAUGAACUUGUGCAGGCGAUGCCGUAUCUGCGGUGGUUUAUUCUGCGAACGGGGUCGGAGACUAGCGUCAAGGCUUAUGAGAAGAGAAUGGGGAUGGAGAUUCUUGCUAAUGGUGAUGUUGCGAAUGGGACUGUCUGUAUGGGGAGGAGGGGGAAGGGGAAUCUAGUAUAG